CCUACCCCAGCAUGUAUAUAUACCCUUCCAACCUUAGUCCUCGCUCUCGUUAUCCCGGCGGCGGCGGCGGCCUGGAAGGCGAAGGAGGAGGAGCAGUAGCAGCAGGCGGCGCCGAGGAGCGGCUUCCCACCCCGAGCUUGUAACCAUGGUGAACGUUCCUAAGACCAAGAAGACCUACUGCAAGAACAAGGAGUGCAGGAAGCACACUCUCCACAAGGUUACUCAGUACAAAAAGGGUAAGGAUAGCCUAGCUGCUCAGGGAAAGCGGCGUUAUGACCGCAAGCAGUCAGGAUAUGGUGGUCAGACCAAGCCCGUCUUCCACAAGAAGGCCAAGACCACCAAGAAGAUUGUGCUGAAGCUGCAGUGCCAGAGCUGCAAGCACUACUCGCAACACCCGAUCAAAAGGUGCAAGCAUUUUGAAAUUGGUGGAGACAAGAAGGGCAAGGGAACGUCUCUUUUCUAAAUCUACUAGUAACAUAUUUGGAUGCUGAAGUUGUAGGGUUUAUACUGUUCUUAAAACUAGUUCUCAAAUAUUGAUGUUACUAGUAUACUAGUACUUAAAGCAGACCAUGCUAUGUAUCCAAAUUCCAACCCUGACAUCUGCUUUGAGUAUAUUGGGCCGAGUUUUGGCUAAAUGAAGUUUUUUAGUUCGAACCUUAUUGAAUCUGUCUGUUUGAUUUUGUGCUUGCCAUUCUGGCAUGUUAUUUGAGUCUAGAGUUUGUAAAUUUUUACAGCAAAAAUGGUCACAGAUAAUGUUAUUGCGUGGCUGAAUGGGAGCAGAGUUAAAGACUGCA